ACAUUUUUAAAAUAACAUGACAGAGGACAGCGUACAGUCCCACUGAGAAUUUUUUUUUUUGCUUAUCUUAUUAUUUUAAAGAGAAGCAAACGUUUACCCUAUUGAGAGAGCUAUUUGGUUUCUUCAUCUAUUGACACCCUACGCACUUCCGUUCUAGAUUCUGUGAAGGUUGUGGUGUGUGACAGGAAGAGAAAAGGCCAGCUAUUUUUCUCAGCUGUAUGCUACAAUAUGAAAUCAAGCAAAAAAUAACCAGCAAAAAUGGCUUUAAGGAAAGUUCCAAAUCGUAACGAUGUACUUCAAUGGUCCUCAGCUUAUUUGGCUAAUUACUUCAGAACGCUGGACUGGAAAGACUGUGAAAAGGUUAUAAAAAAGAACAAUAUCAAUGGGCAGAGAUUUUUGAACAUGUCAGAAAAUGACAUUCAAAGGUUUCCUACUCUUCGGGUGCCACAGAUUUAUCAGCUGUGUCAAGAAAUCAGCAAAAGGGAUGAUAAAAAGAGCUUCUUCCAGAAGAGGAAUCAGAGUGCUAUAAUCCAGGAAUCGUCAGAUCCCAAACGAAAUGAAGACCUUGGAUGGGAUUCAGAUGAAUUUACAGAGGAUGAUGAUGAUGACUAUGAGGAUCCAGACCAAGGACAUGAAUCUGCGGAUGAUGAUGGAGAUUAUGAAUCCCCAAAUGAAGAAGUGGAAGGGCACAACAGUGACAAUGAUUAUGAACCGCCACCUUCAAAUAAUGAAGAAGCCCAUCAGUCCAAAAUAUUUGCAGCAAAACCCAUCUCCAAUGAUUCCGAUUAUGCAGAUAAACGAACAACUCUAAAAGCUGAAGGUCAGCCACCCCUUCCACCUCAACGACCUGGAUCAGUGCCAAUUGUACCGGCUGGAAACAAGCGCAGUAUUCCAAACAUGUUCUCCAAUCUAUCAGUCAAUGAAGAUCCAGUACAGAACAAGGAUCGAAACUUUACAACCACGGCUUACAUAGCUCCCAAAGUCGACAGGAGCAGGAAACCUACUUUAGAUCAGCCAGGCAGUGAAAGAGAUUCCCCUUCAAUGGUGAAGAAAUCUCCAUUUCCAGAAAAGCUUUGCCAGCAGCCACCCAGACCUCCGUUUGGCAAUAGACUACCCGAUCCUAUCGGUAGGAUGCCAAAAGCAGCGAUACCAGGGGACAGGGAGAAUUCAUCAUUAGGAAGGAGGCAGCUAUCUCCAAGACCAUGUAUACCAGACAGAACGCUUGAGGAAGAAGAUGAUGCUUUUGCAGCCAAUCCCCGCACUCGCUCCUUCAACUGCCGCUCCUCUUCCGACCUUGAAGGUUUUUCAUCCAGAUCCUUUCCCCGACCAGUGGACUCUGCUCUGAAUGCCAACACUUUUCCAUAUAGAUCUUCCAGACCAGGACCAAAGCCCAGUUUCUCUGGAGGGAACCAAUUGCCACUAUCAAAUGCAGAAAGUCCCUCAAGUGGGUCCUUACCACCACGUUUUCAACAAGAGGCCAAGCAGUCUUUCUCAAGAGGCCCGAUUGAUUCCAGACCUCCCCAACCUCUACCAAUCAACAAGGUCCGACCUCCACCAGAGGCGCUACCAGAAGAGUUUCUGUCCAGGGAAUGGUAUGCAGGUUGCAUCAAUCGAUCAGAAGCUGAUUCAGCUCUUCGAAGUAUUGAUGAGGAUGGGACAUUCUUGGUAAGAGACAGCUCACGGAGAAACAGUGAACACCCUUUUGUCCUAAUGGUAUUGUACGGGGACAAGGUAUACAACGUUCAAAUCCGUUAUCAGGAGAACAUCGCUAUGUACUUAUUGGGAACUGGACUGCGAGGAAAGGAAAACUUCAGUUCGGUGACAGAGCUUGUGGAGUAUCAUACACAGACAGCGCUCAUGCUCAUUGAUGGAAAAGAUCAAAGAGGAACACAAAAGAAGCAGUGCACUCUGACAUGUCCUGCAGCUCAGUACACAGCAAACUGACCACCAAAGCUCACACCAACCAUUUGGUGCUCAUUGACCUUUUAAACGAGAAGCAAAAUGUUUGCACCUGUGUACAUGUGCCCUGAAAUUCUCUGUCCACUGAAAAGAGUUUUAAAAUAUCUUUAAUCGCAUUUUCUAUAUCUUUGUGAGUGGUGCAAUGGCACCAUGGAAGGAAGGGCUGUGAUCAAUCCUAUGAGACACGACACUGUUCAUUCACACUUUCCCUCAUAUCAUCACCCAAGACUGUCUCCACUCUGUUCGCCCCCUCACUGUUCACUCCCCCCACUGUCCCCCUGCUCUCCCUCAAUGUCUCCCCCUCCCCCCAACUGUCCACACCCCCUCACCCUGCCUCAUCAACUGAUCUCGUCAUUAGACCUCCAUUCCAAACCCCCCUUAAAUGACCCACCAAAAAGCCAUCUGCAAAAUUCCCAAUGAAUUACAUCCAUCAUGCUGCCUCAUUCACCUUUCCCCGACAUCUGUUGCCAUCGUGAUGUUCUCAGAUUUGUUUGUUACUCUGUGCAGCAAGUAGCAUCCUCACAGUUAAACAUUGGUGUACACAGCAUGGUGGAUCAUCGUAUUUUAGCGUAAUGCAACCCUUAGUUCAUUACCUAUAUUAUCCUAACGGUUGUAAAUAUAGCUUUAUCAACAAACAAAAAAAUAUGAUAGCAAGUAGGUUGGUGCAUCACAAUAAAUAUAAUUUCUGGUUUGAACAUUGUACCAAGUGUGUUUUAAAUUAUUUAAAUGUAAU